AUGGACGCUCAUAAAACCAUCGUCGCUGGCGUCGCGGACCGAGUUAAGCACUUUCACGCCCGCCAGGAACCGUUCCGUCUAUACCAUGGCUCAACUAACAGCACACGGCACUCAAACCGGCGAGUGGACAACACCGUCGACACAAGCAAGCUCAACCAUGUCAUUGAAGUGAACAAAGAUUCCAAGACGGUCAUUGUUGAACCAAAUGUCUCAAUGGAAGUCCUCGUUGAUGCGACGCUACCGCUGGGGCUUGUUCCGCUGGUCGUUAUGGAGUUCCCGGCUAUUACCGUUGGAGGUGGCUUUUCGGGGACGUCGGGAGAGAGCAGUUCUUUUCGGUACGGGGCUUUCGACGCGACCGUCAAUUGGAUUGAGAUUGUUCUAGCCGAUGGAAGUGUUACGCGUGCUUCCAAGACGGAGCAGCCGGAUCUUUUCUGGGGUGCUGCUUCGGCGUUCGGAACACUCGGUGUGGUUACGUUGUUGGAAGUUCAAUUGAAGGAGGCCAAGGAGUAUGUUGAGCUCAAGUACCGACUCGCGAGGGGGCCAUCUGAGUCUGUCAAGAUUAUCAAGGAGGAGUGUAAGAGGUGGGAGAAUGAUUAUGUUGAUGGGAUUGCCUACUCCAAGGAUACGACUGUUGUAUGUGCAGGACGAAUGGUGGAUGAGAUACCAAUCAGCGCUACGCCAAGGCAACUGAACCGACGGAAGGACAAGUGGUUCUAUCUUCAUGUUGAAAAGGUUCGAGAUGGGCUACGCAUGGGAUCUGUCACCUGCGUCGCCGACUACAUCCCAUUGAAGGAUUAUCUAUUCCGAUACGACAGAGGUGGUUUCUGGGUCGCUAAAUACGCCUUUGACUACUUUCUCGCACCUUUUAACCGGCUGACUCGAUAUAUCCUGGACCCUCUACUCCGAGCUCGCGUCAUGUACUCUGCUGGCCACAAAAGUAACCUGUUUGACUAUUACAUGGUUCAAGAUGUCGGAGUGCCUUACAACAGCGUACCAGAGUUUCAGAACUGGCUGGACAAGCAAUUCAGAAUCUAUCCCCUCUGGAUAUGUCCAUUACGAGUACGACGAGAAGACCCAGACUCAGGGUAUGGUCUACACGCAGAAUUUGCAAAACCUGGAACCGUGGAACUUAUGAACUUUGGAAUAUGGGGUCCUCUGCAAGGAAACCGACGAGACGCAAUUCGGCAUAAUCGAGCACUAGAGCAAAAGGUUCAAGACUGCGGAGGAAAGAAAUGGCUAUACGCCCAAGCAUACUACACAGAAGACGAAUUCUGGUCGCAUUACAACAAAGAAGCGUACGAUGCGCUAAGAGCAAAGUACGGAGCGUCGUAUCUACCGAAUGUCUACGACAAAGUCAAAGUAGAUAUCGAAGGGGACGAGAAACUGAUGAAGUCAACGGCACGAACAGGAUGGCCGAUAAGAGGACUGAGAGGAGUGUACAAAGCGGUGUUUGGGGGAGAUUAUCUGCUACAGAAGAAGAAAGACGAACCGUCAGAGCAGAAGUAA